GCCCUUACAACAACACUGCUGCUGUCAACUAUCCUCACUCAAGAAUUCGACUUCCAAGUACGAACAUACGAACAUCCAGUGCUUUAUACCCUACUUGCAGACACAGACUGUCUUUCAUUACUCUCUUUGAUACCACAGUGCCAUCUCCUUCGACGAGUCCGCUACAAUGAGCAACUGGUCCACCACGCACAUCGUUCGCCCGUCUGGGCUGGACAUCAUGCCCAACACCCUCAUCCCCUCCGCCUUCAGUACGUCCACCAUCUGGAAGACAGCAACCUCCACCUCCACCAUCAUGCACGAUGUCACCAAGACAGCGUCAAGAAUCGCCACAACCACCCUCACCAAAACCAUCAUGGGCACCACAACAACCACCCUCGCCACGACAAUCACAAAAACCAAGACCAUAAUCAAUGGCACCGCAAUCCCCACCUCAAUCUACGAAGCACUCGUCGAAGCCGUCCAAGCCCCCGGUCAAAUCCCUCUUCCCGCAAUCAACUGGGCCAUCGGCGCCGUUCUCAUGGGCAGCGGUCUCGGGCUCGCCGGCUACCUAGGAACCAUAUACGGCCGCCGCACCGCACAGAACAACCCAUCAUCUCGCGCGGAAGCCCUCGCACGCGUCAGCACCGUCCUCGCCGAAGACGAGACCCUCCGACAAGGCCUCGAAGCCGCCCGCCCUCCAAUCCGCCACAUCAUCCCCGCAUCUUCGUCGUCGUCGUCGUCAAACCCACGCAAGCGAAAAGCAUCCCACGAACAAGACGAAAUCGAUCCACACAUCUCUGGACCACCUUCACAACAACGCUAUUCCGCCGCCAACCCGCGGAUCCCGCACCUGAGGCUCCGCCGACGAGCAAACGCCGUCGUAUAUCCCGCCCGAUUUCCCGUUCUCCCCUUCCCGCGGAUACACCAUCCACCUAUGCUACAGCGGUAUACAGCGGCUUCCCGGAUAUGGACACCCCCGAGCGGAAACUGAUCCGCGAAGCGGUCGGGAUCCAGCGCUCUCCUGCGCCCGUUCGGAUCCUGCUCCCCCGU